GUUCCCGUGAGCGAGGUCUUUGAGCAUCUGAAAUGUAACCAGGAAGGGCUCACCGCCGAGGAGGGCGAGGACCGACUGCAGAUCUUUGGCCCCAACAAGCUCGAGGAGAAGACGGAGAGCAAGUUCCUCAAGUUCUUAGGAUUCAUGUGGAAUCCGCUGUCGUGGGUCAUGGAGAUCGCUGCCAUCAUGGCAAUCGUCUUGGCUAACGGAGGGGGUGAGCCACCGGACUGGCAGGACUUCGUCGGAAUCGUCGUUCUCCUCAUCAUAAACUCCACCAUCAGCUUCAUCGAGGAGAACAACGCAGGCAAUGCCGCCGCCGCCCUCAUGGCUGGCCUCGCCCCUAAGACUAAGGUGCUGAGGGAUGGGAAGUGGUCGGAGCAGGAGGCUGCGAUCCUCGUCCCCGGUGACAUCAUCAGCAUCAAGCUGGGUGAUAUCAUCCCUGCCGACGCCCGCCUCCUCGAGGGUGACCCGCUCAAGAUCGACCAGUCGGCGCUCACCGGCGAGUCCCUCCCUGUGACCAAGAACCCAGGCGAUGAGAUCUUCUCCGGUUCCACAUGCAAGCAAGGAGAGAUCGAGGCCGUCGUCAUCGCCACCGGCGUCCACACCUUCUUUGGAAAGGCCGCCCACCUCGUCGACAGCACCAACAACGUAGGCCACUUCCAGAAGGUGCUCACCGCCAUUGGAAACUUCUGCAUCUGCUCGAUCGCCUUCGGCAUGCUCGUCGAGAUCAUCGUCAUGUACCCGAUCCAGCACCGGCGAUACAGGGACGGCAUCGACAACCUCCUGGUGCUGCUCAUCGGCGGAAUUCCCAUCGCCAUGCCCACUGUGCUGUCGGUGACGAUGGCCAUCGGGUCCCACCGUCUGUCAGAGCAAGGGGCAAUUACCAAGAGGAUGACUGCCAUCGAGGAGAUGGCCGGCAUGGACGUGCUUUGCAGUGAUAAGACUGGUACCCUUACCCUCAACAAGCUCACCGUCGACAAGAGCCUGAUCGAGGUGUUCGUGAAGGACAUGGAUAAGGAUACGGUAGUCCUGUACGCUGCAAGGGCCUCCAGGGUUGAGAACCAGGACGCCAUUGAUGCCUGCAUUGUCGGGAUGCUGGCCGACCCCAAGGAGGCACGAGCUGGAAUCCAGGAACUCCACUUUCUGCCCUUCAAUCCAGUAGAGAAGCGCACUGCCAUCACAUACGUCGAUUCGAAAGGCAAAUGGCAUCGCGCGAGCAAAGGCGCUCCUGAGCAGAUCAUUGACCUCUGCAACAUGAAAGAGGACGCCCGGAAGAAGGUCCAUGCCAUGAUCGGCAAGUUCGCCGACCGCGGCCUCCGCGCUCUGGGUGUGGCAAGGCAGGAGGUGCCCGAGGCGAGCAAGGAGAGUGCCGGCGCUCCAUGGCAAUUCAUGGGUCUGUUGCCCCUCUUCGAUCCCCCGAGGCAUGACAGUGCCGAGACCAUCCGCCGUGCGCUCAACCUGGGUGUCAAUGUCAAGAUGAUCACGGGCGACCAGCUUGCCAUUGCCAAAGAGACAGGGCGUAGGCUCGGCAUGGGCACCAACAUGUAUCCGUCCUCCACCCUCCUCGGCGAGAAGAACGAUGACACCACCGGCCUCCCCAUCGAUGACCUCAUCGAGAAGGCUGAUGGCUUUGCCGGAGUCUUCCCCGAGCACAAGUACGAGAUAGUGAGGAGGCUACAGGAGAAGAAGCACAUCUGUGGCAUGACAGGGGACGGCGUCAACGACGCACCAGCUCUGAAGAAGGCAGACAUCGGCAUCGCAGUGGCAGACGCGACGGACGCCGCACGCAGUGCUUCGGACAUCGUGCUCACGGAGCCCGGUCUGAGUGUGAUCGUGAGCGCAGUGCUGACGAGCCGCGCCAUCUUCCAGCGGAUGAAGAACUACACCAUCUACGCCGUCUCCAUCACCAUCCGCAUCGUGCUCGGCUUCAUGCUCGUCGCCCUCAUCUGGCGCUUCGACUUCUCCCCCUUCAUGGUCCUCGUCAUCGCCAUCCUCAACGAUGGCACCAUCAUGACCAUCUCCAAGGACCGAGUCAAGGCCUCCCCUCUGCCCGACUCAUGGAAGCUCCGGGAGAUCUUCGCCACCGGCAUCGUUCUCGGUGCUUACCUUGCAAUCAUGACCGUGGUCUUCUUCUACGUUGCUCACGACACCGAUUUCUUCUCCGAAGCGUUCGGUGUGAGGUCAAUCAAGGACCACAGUGAUGAGAUGACCGCAGCGCUGUAUCUGCAAGUGAGCAUCAUCAGUCAAGCACUCAUCUUCGUCACCCGGUCGAGGAGUUGGUCCUUCGUGGAGCGCCCCGGUCUCUUGCUAGUCUUUGCCUUCAUCGCUGCCCAGUUGGUGGCUACUGUCAUCGCGGUGUAUGCCUCGUGGGGGUUUGCCAGGAUCCAGGGCAUCGGAUGGGGGUGGGCUGGGGUCAUUUGGCUCUACAGCCUCAUCACCUACUUCCCUCUCGACGUUCUCAAGUUCAUCAUUCGCUACGCUCUGAGUGGAAGAGCCUGGGACAACUUUCUCCAGAACAAGACGGCCUUCACCUCGAAGAAGGAUUACGGGAAGGGUGAGAGAGAGGCACAGUGGGCGCUGGCUCAGCGCACCCUGCAUGGCCUACAGCUGCCCCCAGACACCUCGGGCCUGUUCGACGACAACAACAACUACAGGGAGUUGUCUGAGAUCGCGGAGCAGGCCAAGAGGCGAGCCGAGGUUGCAAGGCUUCGGGAGCUGCACACGCUCAAGGGGCAUGUCGAGUCCGUGGUGAAGCUUAAGGGACUGGACAUCGAGGGCAUGCCGCAGCAUUACACUCUGUGAGGAGCUGCCGCCGGAUAGCCGGAUGUUGUUCGAGUCAUGAAGGAUGGUGGUUGUGGUCUAUCUUCUCAAGGAAGGGUUUUGGUAACUCGAUAUAGCUUAUGCAAACGGUGGAGAGAUCGCCGGAAUCCGCGAUAGGAUGUGUAGGCUGUUUAUUUUAGUACAUUGGAGUAGAAGAUGAAAUUUUGCUCUCUUUCUUGCUGCU